AUGCGAGAGACUGUGAGAAAAUGCCUGACGACCCUGGACCUGACCUCGCUGGGCGUGGGGUCGUGCGUGGGCACCGGCAUGUACCUGGUGGCCGGCAUGGUGGCGCGCAAGAUCGCAGGGCCAGGCGUCGUCAUCAGCUUCAUCAUCGCCGCGGUCGCCUCCAUCUUCUCGGGCGCGUGCUACGCCGAGUUCGGCGUGCGGGUGCCGCACACGACGGGCAGCGCCUACAUGUACUCGUACGUGACGGUGGGCGAGCUGAUCGCGUUCGUCAUCGGCUGGAACAUGGUGCUGGAGUACCUGAUCGGCACGGCGGCCUGCGCCUGCGCCCUUUCCGCCUGCCUGGACUCGCUCGCCAACGACGCCAUCUCGGGCGCGCUGCGCAACGCGCUGGGCAACGUCAUCGGCACGGACCAGCCCCCGGACAUCGUGGCGUUCGUCAUAACGCUGCUCAUGACGCUGCUCAUGGCCGCCGGCGUCAAGAAGUCGCUCGUCUUCAACAACGUGCUCAACGCCGUCAACCUGGCCGUGUGGGUGUUCGUGAUGACGGCGGGGCUGUUCUACGUGGACUCGAGGAACUGGUCCGAGCACAAGGGCUUCCUGCCGUACGGCUGGUCGGGGGUGCUGACGGGCGCCGCCACCUGCUUCUACGCCUUCAUCGGCUUCGACAUCAUCGCGACGACGGGCGAGGAGUCCAACAACCCCAAGAAGUCCAUUCCGCUCGCCAUCGUCGGCUCGCUUGCCAUCAUCCUCGUCGCCUACGUCACCUCCUCCCUCAUGCUCACGCUCGUCGUGCCAUACGACCAGGUGGACAAGGACUCGGCGCUCGUUGAGAUGUGGAGCUACGUGGGCGCUAACAAGUGCAAGUACGUGGUGGCGGUGGGCGCGCUGGCCGGCCUCUCCGUCUCCAUGUUCGGCUCCAUGUUCCCCAUGCCGAGGAUAGUGUACGCCAUGGCGCAGGACGGCCUCAUCUUCAAGUGA